AUGGAUGAUGAUAUAGCUGAAUCAUGUGGUUGCAUGACAGCCGAUUGGCUAAGUGAACAACUGGCGGAUUUUAUGUACACAUUUGAAAAUGAUUCUGAUGGAGAAUUUGUUGCCAAAGCAAAUGAUCUCUCCAAACAAUACUGCAAAAGUGGUGAAGAUUUUGUUAGUGAAUUGAUCGCAUUUGUAACGAAUCAAAAGCAGACGCAUGUGAAUCUUUCAAUGUUGGAUAGUUUCGAACAGAUGGUUCUUCAUAGAGCUGUCCAAAAUUACAAGGAUGAAUCGUUCAAUACCUCUUACACGAAAAUUGCAUUUAACGAACGCAAUAAGAAUUCAUGGCUUGAUGACAGUAGCACAGUUGACGAUACGACUGUAGAUUUUUCAGACGAAAAUUUCACUUUGCCUGAGAAAUAUUUGGCUUUUACACCAAUCAAGAAAUCCAUAUCUGAUGCCGUAUAUCAGAAUCGGAAAGAUUCGGGCAAAAUUAUUGUAAAAUUCACAGGGAAAAAUUUCACUGCAAAAGGAAGUGAUGGAGUCAAAUACGACAAUGUAUGUAAAGUCGUUGUGGAAAGGCUAUACGCUGAUGAUUACAAAAAUUUGUUACAAUAUGGUGCUGAAAAAGAUUUGGAGCAAAUUGAAGCACUUGUUUCACGAGUUCGAAGUUUGUGCGAUAUAAUCAAGGACGAAAACGAAACACUGGCUGACGAUGAACAAACAGAUUCAUUAUCAUUUAUACGAAACGUAUAUUCGGGGUUCAUCGUGAAUAAUACAGAAGAUCCACUAGAUGCCUCAAAUUGUUCUUUGCAAUGCGUUGAUCAAAGUGCUGCUGUUAUAAACCUCGAUUUAAGCAAUCUUAAAACCUAUUCAUUGUUCCCUGGGAAGAUUGUUGCAUUUCGUGGAGCUUUUGCUGGUGAUAUAUUUGUCCCGGAUGAAAUCUUUGAGCCUAAGGAACCUUCAGCUGCGCCUUUUAAUAAACAAGCAGAGAUUGAUCUGCUUCAUGUUUGGUGUGCUUGUGGUCCGUUUUCUUCUUCUAAAACUCUCUCUUAUGAACAGCUCUGCGAUCUAAUCGAAUUAGUGAGGAAGGAGCGACCUAAUAUUCUAAUUUUGAUUGGUCCGUUCAUUGAUCGAACAAGUCCAGUGGUGAAGUCACCCCAAUGCUGUUACACCUACGACGAUGUUAUGGAAAUGCUUCUUACAAAAAUUGGUGAAGCCUUAUUAGGUAUUAAUAGUUCCAAAUGGAAAAAAGAUGCCGCACUGCGACCAUCUUUCCCUACUCCACCGUUCCGUUCAUUUAAACAGCGAAAACAGCAGUUAGGCAAGAACAUAGUACUUCUACCGGAUCCUGCCAUCGUUCGGAUUGCUGGUAUUGAAUUUGCUAUAACAGCAUCGGAAAUCAUCCAGCAUUUAGGGAGAGAUGAAAUAGGCCACUUCGAUAGUCAUGAAGAUCAGGACCGAAUAUCUCGACUUGUCCGAGAUUUGUUCAGACAGCGUUCUUUGUACCCGUUAUAUCCUGCAGCCGAAGAUGUUACCUAUCGACUCCGUGAAGCUGUCGAGCGCACAUCACUCUCUGUAAUACCUCAUAUUAUCAUUUUGCCAUCAAUACUCGCGCCUACCGUAAAGGUAGUCGCCAAUUCAGUAUUUGUGAAUACCAAUGCAUUAGUACGUGGAAGCAGUGGUACAUUCAUGAAAUUGAAAGUUGAUCUCAGAGAAAUUGAUGGAAGGAAAGAGAAUUCGCUUAUAUCAGUUGCUGAUUUUUGCGAAGUACAGAUUGUACGCUUGUAA